UGCCUGACGUUCUUCCUUUCUUCCAGAACCAGAGCUAUACCUCGCAGUAGUGCCGUAAUAACUGUGCACUGUCUUGUGAGGGUCACGCGAUAUGCGGGCGUCUCUGAUCGAUCUCCUCUUGCCAAGGGCCGCUAGCCUCCGCCAGUACUUAGCUGGCUAGCACUCCCCAGCAUACAUAUAUACGAUCUACAAGUAUACGCUACAACACCAUGGCCGCAGAGUCCACUUGUUUCUAUUGUCGCAAGUUGACGUCGACGAAGAAAUUACGGCGCUGCGGGCGCUGCCUCGGCGCGCUGUACUGCAACCCCGAUUGCCAAAAGAAGGACAGGCCGAACCAUAGGGACCUUUGUGGUGAAUCAGAUGGGUGGCCUGACAAGUACCGCGGGUGUAAAGACGGCUCCUUACACGAAGGCAAACUGGAGCUCAUGACCUGGGAGUACACAGACGAAGAUGGGAUUCAGAUGGGCUGGGGCAACGUCGUCAUCGAGGAAGUCGAGGACAUCAAACGCAAGUUCAAGGUCGACUACAAAGGCAAGAAGAGGCUCUUUUUCAAGUAUUGGCCCCAGGGCUUCCGCUGGACGUGUUGCGGCACAGAUGAGCUUAUGAACGAGGGAUGCGAUCACCACGGAAGUGGGAGCAAGCCGUGCACUUGCGACUUCUGCCAUAUGGGCAGGCCGGUGCCUGCUUCGGACAGCAUUCACCGCGGGCAGACGGGCCCAAGCAUGGGGCUUCGCCUCAGACGCGGCCCUGAUCCUCGCUCCUUCAACCCGACGCUUGCAGCUUUGGCUCUGAAAGGCCGUGCGACGCUCGGACUCGAGUUGUGAAGAGGCUGCGAGUCUCAUUUCUUGCGGUUACAAUUUCUUCGGUAUAUCUCUCAAUGCAAACCAUGAACUAGUCACGACGUCCCAAUAGUCUGUUCGUGCUCGGCAACAUCAUGUAUUAGUAGUGUUUGUCCUCAUGAUGACCUGAAAGAAGUUUAGCGCAUUCCGAAAUACACUGCCUGAG